AGUAUUUAGUGAAUCAAAACAGCUGUCCAAUGUCACUGAAUGUCGUCAAAAUGACAGCUGACAGCGACUUCGCUGUUCGCAUUCGUCAAUUUGUCAAACUGUAUUCAAUACUCGAUCGUAGAGGAACGGUAAUUUCACAGUUAAUAAAUUCAGUGUUAAUAAAAUCAGCGGAUGAAUGAAGUAAUAAAAUAAUAAUGAUACAAUGAUAGCAAAAUUGUCCCGCGAACUAUUUUGUAAAUAUAUUUUAGAUUGGUAUGAUAUUUUUUCUCUUUGCAUAACAAAUAAGUGCGUCAGAUGUUUAUAAUAAAAUCGUUGCAGAUGAGGAUUAAGUUCUUUCAACGCGGUUUGCGUUUUGCGAAAGGCAGUUGGUCGAAAAUGGCUUUUCCGGAGUCGCCGGCUAAGGCCUCUCUGUGCUGUGAAGGGUCACAGGACGGUGCGCCGCCGACGUAUGCUAUGUACGAGGCGCUGAAAGAUUCUUGCCAAAACAACGCGACUUAUUUCCAACCGGAUGACAGUGAGAAUGGCCAGAGACUGUACCAGGGCUUCAUGACUCUCAUGGACCAUGUAGACACUGUGUGGCCUUUGGUGGAUCAUGUGAGAAAGGUGGCCCCACUAUAUGAUUUUGAUGCGAAGUCUCCCGGCAAUGGGUACCGCAGUUUCGUGUCAGUAGUUGAUUCCUGCGUGCUGCAUGGUUUGAAACUCAGCAGACAAGUGAAUACCAGCAGGGAUGCCCUGCUGUUCCGUAAAGGACACUUUGUUAAGGAGAUAGAGUCCUGUGGUCAGCUCCUGGCGUCAUUAGGCACUUGUCUGCACCACUUACAUACGCUGUUAUCCUGGGCGCCAACUGGUGAAUUGUUCCCGACGGAACCCCAUACUCCCGAAGAGUUGUUCGCUCAGGCAGACACCAUUAAUCAGUAUUGUUUCUAUGGAAGGUGUCUUGGAUUUCAGUUCUUACCGUCAAUGCGAGGCAUACUGAAAGGCAUAUCAAUAUGUAUGGCGGGCUUCUCCGAGGCGUACUAUUGCCAUGGCAACCUCAUCAGCUCAGUAUGGACUGGUGGCCAGUAUCUAAUCGACCCUGAGUUGCGAGCAAGGAGGAUCGUUAAUAUUUCGCAGUCGGCCAGCAUCGAGUUCUGCAAGGCGUUCUGGUUUCUGGCUGAAAGUGAGAUAAUGAAAAGGGUUCCCAGUCUUAUGUCAUCGCCGGUAGCCGUGAAUAAGCUUAUAACUAUACCACCUGAGCCCAUAGUGGUUACAACCAUAGAGGGCAAAGAGAUCACCGUGCUCCCUCCUUCUGUGCAUAUAGGACUACAAGGCUUGAAUGUCAGACUUAUAAGUGCGAACAAAAGAAUCGGCAUGGCAGGGGAAGGUUCAUCCUCUCUCCCUCCAGCCGAAGGGGUGUUGUUCCACUGCCACGGGGGAGGUUUCGUGGCCCAGAGUUCCAAGUCUCAUGAGACGUACCUCCGAGACUGGGCCACUAAGUUGAAUGUGCCGAUACUGUCGGUAGACUACAGUUUAGCACCCCAAGCCCCUUUCCCGAGAGCAUUGGAGGAAGUCUUCUACGCUUAUUGUUGGAUGCUGUCCAAUUUUAAGGAGAUUGGGACUACUGGCAAACGCAUCGUUUUCGCGGGCGAUUCGGCCGGCGCGAACUUAGUAGCGGCCUGUACUCUCAAGAUACUGACCUCUGGUCUGCGCCGGCCUGAAGGCAUGUUCCUAGCGUACGCUCCACUGAUGAUCAGCUUCGUACCCAGUCCAGCCAGGCUUCUGUGCUUAAUGGACCCGGUACUGCCUUUUGGAUUCAUGAUGAGGUGCCUUAAAGCGUACGCCAGUCCAAAUUCAAAGUCGGAUGGUGGGAAAGGUAAAGGUGACAAACAAAAUGGCGGCAACAAUCAGAUGGUUGUUUCGAAUGCAACUACGCCACUAGACAGCAAUGGCUUCCUUAGAGUUAGCCCUUCACAAGAGGGCAUAAGCUCCGGGCCGUCGUCAUUCGAGGAGGUGUCUCCGUCGGACCUGGCGGAGCUGCAGGCGCACAAGUCGGGCAGCGAGCGGCGCCAGUCCUCCGACACCACCAUCAGCGCCGCCUCGCUGCAGAGCGAGCAUACCGCCACAGGCGCCACUCCACCGGAGGAUAAAUCUCAGAAGUACGUAUCGGACUUCCUUGAGAGGUACGUGUUGGAUAGCGAUACGGACUCGGAAGGACGCAGGAUUCCUAUCAUCAAGCCUUCGCCCAAUGCCUUAGAUGAAUCUCACAGAGAGCCAGAAUCUGAAAAUUCCAGCACAUUAGUAGGGGAACCGCCGCUAGUGGACGAUAAUGAUCUCAGUAAAGAAAACAAGAAAAGAAUUAAGACGAGGAUAAGCGAAGCUGCCACAGGCUUCAUGGGUGCAAUGUCGUCCCGACUAGCCUACAUCACGGGCUCAAACGCGAUCACUAAACCGACGCAAGAUGAUCUAGCAGCCCGAACGAAUCUAGACGCAUUGAUAGCUCGCAGUCCGUCCGAUGAGUUUAUAUUCUCUGUGCCGAGAGAUCCGCUCUUGUCGCCGUACUGGGCCGAAGAUCAUCUGCUUACCAAGUUCCCGCCUGUCAGAAUACUGACGGUGCACCUAGAUCCGUGUUUAGACGACUGUGUGAUGUUCGCUAAGAAGUUGAAGAAGCUUGGCAACACAGUCGGCAUUGAAGUGUUAGAAGGACUGCCACAUGGAUUCCUUAACUUUUCACUUAUGGCCAAAGAAGCGAAUGAAGGCUCAAAACUGUGCAUCGAGCGCAUCAAACAGCUACUGGACCUCGAGAACAAUGUGGGAGGCGGCAGGGAGAACGAACAGUUAUGAAUGUGCGGCCUCUGCUGUCGUACGUAGUAAUCACUCGUGACCUAUGUACGCUGAACGGACUCUACGACAAUCGAUUGCAAUCGAUACGAGAAUCUCGAUUAUCGAGUCGUGUGAAGUGGUGAAUAUAUUCAGUGUCUUAAGCCACUUAGCAUGCUAAUCGAUUAAUUAAUUGGCAAUUAAAUGUAAGCGGAUUCGACUACUUAACUAUUUAACGUAUGAACUUGAUGCGAUUAAAUCAAUUAUUACUAUAAGCCUUGCUAGGCGAAUUGAUGUUCCCUAUAACGCGUACGGUAGUUGAAUUUGUAAAAGGUUAUAACAAAUUGUGUAACCCUGUUUCCGAGUUGAAUUAAGAUUCGCGUAAAGUUUCGCACUGACCAAUUUGUAAAGAAUUAGUCUCACUAAUUUCGAAAAAGUUCGCUGGCAGAAACUUUUCACUUGGGAAUAUAAUGUAAAUUCGUCCGUCAUCGGCGUUUAAGUAAGCGAAUAUUCGCUAAAUAAUAUGAAGAAGAGCGCACUAAAUCGAAAAUUAAAUUAAAAUUAAGUACUGCAGUAACUUAGCAGUUUUAUAAAAUAACGAUAUUGCAUUAAAAAGAAAAUUCUCAAUGUAUUAAACAAUGCCAAAUUUCUUAAUGGUACUGUCAAUAUAAAAGUAAGAUAAUGUUUUAAGUAUAUUGUUAUGUUAAAACACGCAUUAGAGUAUACUUCGUCCUAUACUGUUUAUUGAGCUGUGUUGUUUCCACGGGGCAGUAUUGUAUGUGCAAUAUGUAUGUAGUUCAGUAUUUACAUAAAUGCUAUUGUAGGUACGUAUUAUAAGCUACGUCAAUCACAAAUAGAUCAGCUGAAAUGUACAAUUUAAUUGAAUUGAACCCACUAACCUUAUAAAGGGAAAUCUUUGUAAACUUGUGAAGUUAUGUAAUUUAUUCUUUUCGUUUUGUAAUGUUAUUUUAAUUUAUUAAAUUCUCAUCAUGUUUCUGCAUGACUUAUGUUUAUAACUUUGUUAUAUUUUGUCACGUUGUUGGCAAUGGUGAUAGAACCAAACAUCACGGGAAAUGCAUUUAGUUAAAAUUAUUUAUUGUAUAUAAUGUUUAACAAAUAAUUGUUGUACAUCUCAACAUUUCCGUUGCUAGUGUUGUGAAAUUUAUUUAAUUGAUCAAUCGUGUGUUGUAUAAAAGCUUUAUAUAUUUAUUGUAUAGGAGUGGCAGUGAUUGUGUUUUAAUAAAAAAAUACUUUAAUUUGGUGUUUAUUAACUGUAUGCUGAGGUUAAAAUCUUUUUGUUUAAGAACUUAGUCGCGGGUAAUAUAAUAAUAUCUGGCCAUACAGGGCAACGCACGCUAGAGAUUCAAAUAUUGCGUGAUUAUUGGUCCUUCCGUGUACCUGUAUUGAUGCCGAAACAAAAGAAUAUAAGACUACACGAUCCACGUAUUUUUUAUUCCACUACGAACGGAAUUGUAUAAUUUGUUUAUAUAUCGAAUAUAAUUUAAAAUAAUUUCACUUGGAAUCAUUUUAUACAUAAAUGAUUCAGUACCUAUUACCAAAGUUAAUUUUAUUUUCAUUUUAAAUUAUUUUCUUAAUUUUUCUUUUCGUAAACCAUGGACCAUACUGAUAUAUCAUGUCCGUACAUCACAUUAUAGAAACUUUCGAAACAUUGAAUGCUCAAUUCUUCGUUGUAUAUUUUUGAUAAAUUUAUUUUGUGAAACGAAUACAACCUAUUUUGUAUGAGUAAUAUUUAAAUUUCAAGAGAUUACACUUGGUUAUAAGAAUCAAGAACAAAAUAUCAAAAAAUGAAUUAAAUCUGCUAAAAAAUUGUCUGUGCUUAAUCUAAAUAAAAGAAAGAUAUAGCAGACAAAAUUAAUUAGAAACUUUCAAUAUCAGCAAUAUACAAGCUGUUGAUUUGCAUCCGUGCCAUAUUCAAGGAGGUAAUUAUGCUAAUGAUUCUCGACCCAAAUCAAUAAAAAAAUUGGAUUUUUUUUAUUUAUUUUUUUUCGGAAUUCCGACAAUGUCAUCUAGCCUUAUUUAAACUUGGCGCGUAUGUUACUGGCCUUAAAACCGUGCUGCACCCUCACACAAACGCAAACACAAAGCAUACGCAACGAUCACUCAUAAAAUUGGAUUACUUCGGAAAAACAAUGACAAAAAAACAAUUACAAUGACAAAAAAACAACGACAUUACAAUGACAAAAAAAGCAGCGCAUAUUACUUAUUUCCCAUCUACUGUAAUUCCAAUCGAUUAUUUACGUAUUGUAUGUCCUCCUCCUGAACUAUGGCACAAAUGCAAAUCAACACCUUGUAUAGCAUUUUUCCACAGCUGUGUUCAAUUAUAUUAUUUUCUCUGACAUAGUGUCUUAGUGUAUAUAAACUGCAAAUAUUUUAAACCUCAAGAUUCAAUAGUGAUUAGUCCUAGAAAACGCAUAGCUUUAGAAUAUGCCUAAUAUUUUGUUAUGGUAUAAGAUACUAAAUGUUUUCUUUAACUCGUUGUAUGCCGAAAACGCGGAUCCACGCGAAAAACAAUCGAUAUCUUAAUACUACGGCAUACUAGUGAAUGUCUUUCGGAAUCUGAAUAAUAUUUAGAAGUGUACCGACUUGCUGUAAAUGUUUAUAUGUUCCACUUUUAAAUAUAAAAUUAUCCAUAUUAGUCAAUGUUUAGAUGAUUAAUGGUUUCUUUGCAUUUGACGCACGCCUUCGUCUAAAACUUUCGUAUUGAAAUUCUAUCGCAUUGAUGUUGUUAAUCGAAAUUUACUAUCUGGCUUCGAAUUAAUUUUCAAGGUGUCAAGAACCGAGCUACAAACUUAGAUGCUAUAAGAAUGCAAAGUUAAACUGUGUCUGUGAUAGCGAAUUGAAGCUUUUCGAAAGCAUAACUAACAGUAUUCUAAAACACGAAUAAUAAGUACAUCAUGUAAAAUAAUGUUGUCUGUUUGUGUAUGAAAAUGUAAAAAAUAAAAAUGUAUUUAACAAUAUUUUUUAUAGAAAUAAAAAUAUCCAUAUAGAUUUUAAAAUAUCUAAAACUUGCAACAUUUCAUUGUUAAUCUCUGUAUAUGGGUGAAUUUAAUAGACGGACACAUGAAAUUUAGGCCUUAUGGAAAUGGAUAUAGAUGUUAAAAUUAUAAUCACAAACGAAAUAGUUAUGGUCUAUCGUCCAUAGUGAAAAUAUACCAGCUAGUCAAUAAUGACAAUAUUGUACAAUGUCAGUUAUUUCAAUAAAUGAAUGCAAUUA